AUGGACUCUGAGUAUAUAAAGAGACAUCUGGGGAAGUGUCUGGCAGACGGACUCGCUGAGGUGGCCGAGCAGCGUCCUGUGAACCCCAUCCUGUAUCUCGCCCACUGGCUCUACAAGUACAACUCAAACGUUAAGUACGAGACAGAGAAAAAGGCCAAUUUGGCGCUCCUGCAGCAGGAGCAGGCGAAAGCCAGAGAAGAGGAGUCGCACCAGGAGAAGCUGAGAGAGGAGGAGCGAAAGAUCAGUGAGGCCUUGGAAGAGUCUAAAAAAGUGAAGGUCACAGAGAAUGUAACCAGUCCAGAGUCCACCGAGAGAAAACCUUUGGAGGCCAGCACCUCUUCUCUCUCCGAGGUCGUCAGCACUGAGGUCAAGGAGGAGACUACAGAUAGGCCUGUUGGAAAAGACGAAGUGGAGCUGAGGACCGAUCAAAAAGAAGAGAAAACAGAGGCUGAGCUGAGGGGAGAUCAAGAAGAGAAAACGGAGGCUGAGUUGAGGACCGAUCAAGAAGUGGAGAAAACAGAGGCUGAGAUGAGGAGCAUUCAAGAAGUGGAGAAAACAGAGGCUGAGCCGAGGACGGAUCAAGAAGUGGAGAAAACAGAGGCUGAGCUGAGGACGGAUCAAGAAGUGGAGAAAACAGAGGCUGAGCCGAGGACGGAUCAAGAGGUGGAGAAAACAGAGGCUGAGUCGAGGACGGAUCAAGAAGUGGAGAAAACAGAGGCUGAGCCGAGGACGGAUCAAGAGGUGGAGAAAACAGAGGCUGAGCCGAGGACUGAUCAAGAGGUGGAGAAAACAGAGGCUGAGCUGAGGAGCGAUCAAGAAGUGGAGAAAACAGAGGCUGAGCCGAGGAUCAAUCAAGACGUAGAGAAAACAGAGGCUGAGCCGAGGAUCAAUCAAGACGUAGAGAAAACAGAGGCUGAGCCAAGGAGCGAUCAAGACAUGGAGAAAACAGAAGCUGAGCUGAGGACCGAUCAGGAAGAAAACAAAAUGGAGGCUGAGCAGACAAGCAGUCAAGUAGAAGAGAAAACAGAGAUGGAGCCCAGUGAUAAUCAUGUAGAAGAGAAAACGGCAAACACAAAUCAAAUAGAAGAGAAAGACGCUGACCGAGAUGAGAAGGUGGUUGAUGAAGCUGACACAGCUGAGACUGAGCAGACUGAACCGUUCCACUCGACUCCCAGUCAAGAUCCUGACAACUUACAGACAGACAAAACUGAAGAGCAACAAGACAAACAAAGCCCUCGUUCCCCUGAUCUUCAAGACACAGACAAGCAGGUUGAUGAAGAUGAAACUGGUAAGUUGGAGUCGGCACCACGGGGUGAAGGUCUGAAACCAGAGGAGACAUUUUCUACUGAAGAAACUAAGCAGGAGCCACAGAAAUCUGGUUCUCUGCCUCUUCAGAACCAGGACAAGGAGGCGGACGGGCAACGCACAAGUGAGACCACUGAUGGCUCGGCUCCAGCUGACAGUGACGUAACAGCAGAGGGGACAGUGUCGAGUGAGAUGCUCGUGACUUUACAAGAGGAGCCUGAAAACUCUCCUGACACGGAGGACGUCCAGGACAAGGCAGAACUUGAGGAAGAGGAAGGAGAAGGCCACACAUGAUAAUUUCAUAUCUUCAUGUUGUUUGAUGUGCAAAUACAAAUAUGCAAAAAUAAAC